GCCGGCUACCCGCGCGACGUGCUGAGGGGCUUCGCGAAGACGCCCCGGCUGCGGCCGGGCGAGUCCGAGGCCGUCGUGUUCACCCUGACAGGUCGGGACAUCUCGUACUACAGCGUGGGCAGGGGCUGGCUGACGCCGCAGUACAUCAUCGCCCGCGUGGGAGAAUCUUCGGUGGACCUGCGCCAGACCCUGAAGGUGGAGUCGGUCCCCCGCGUCCCCACCUCUGCACCCACCCAGGCACCGACCCUGGCACCGACCUCGGCCCCGACUGUGACCACGCUCACGACGUCCGCGACCACGACCUCCGCCACGACCACGACCUCCACUUCUACGACCCGCGCUCCGGGCUGGUACGGCAGCCUGGUCGGGCAUGGCUGCGACGAGGAGUGCAGCUCCCUGGGCCUGUCCUGUACGGAGGAGGGGCUGUGGAGCAACCGCGCGGACGUGAACACUUCGAAAAAGGUCCUCGCCCUCGUCGCCGCGCUCGGGGGCAACACCAGCGCCGUGGCGUGCGCGGACGAGACGGACGAGUCCUACGCAGGCACGUCCUCGCCGAGCUGGGGGCCGCACAGCUGCAGCCGCGUGCGCCAGGACCGCGAGCUGGGCACCUUCGACUGCUCUGCCCCGCCCCGCCGCGGCGAGGCGCGGCUGUGCUACUGCGGCGAGGCGGCCCCGUUUCGGAUCACCCUCGGAGACGUCGGCAGGGUUGCCCGGGAGACGUGGAACCGCUCCCACAUAGGGGAGCAGCUGGGCUCGUGGGAGCAGCAGCUGGGCUCGUGGGGCCAUGACCACGGCUUGGACUCGGUGAUCAGGCCGGUGAUGGAUCUGCAGCCAGCCUCGCGAGACACGGAGGCAGCGGAGAAGAGAGAGUUGUCGCGGAGUGUACGCUCAGGAGAUGGAGCGGGCGCUCGGUCGGGCUGUUCCUGGCGUCGGCUGGCCUGGCGGCGGCGACCCUCUUCGUGCUCUCGACCCGGUGCGCCUGCCACAGGCACCAGAGCGGCUCGCGCUCCGAGGAGGAGUUCGUGCAGAUGGAGCUCGUCGCGGACGACGCCCGUGACACACCAGACGGUCCGCCAGACGGUGCAGACGGAGGAGGACAUGCUGCCGCCCCGCCGACGGAGCCCUCGCGGAGCCUCUUCGUGA